GUUUCAUAUUUGGGUGGAACAAUGGCUUUUGGAAUCAAAGAAAUGGGUACUAUAGUGGCAGUGCUUGGUGUCACAGCUUUCAUACUUGGAAUUAUUGCAGAAAACAAAAAGCCUGCAUCUGGUGUUCCAACGAUUUCUGGAGGAGUUGUUAUUUGCAAUUAUCCAUCAGAUCCAACAGUCUAUUUAGGAUUCUUAUGCAUCUCAUCACUCGGAGCAGCAGUGGCGAUUGGUUUAUAUGCCAUAUUUCAUCCUUACAGAGGCAUAUCUGUUCCUCUCAAUGUUUUCUUCAGAAACACUAAAUUUUCUGUGUUUUUCAACAUAACUGUGUGCUUGUCCUUGUUUGCUGAAGGGAUGUUGUUGUGGACAACAAUCACUGAACUCAAGCACUUGACUAGCAAUGUACAUCACAACCUGAAAACGACUUGCCCCACAGCAAAGACUGGUCUCUUUGGGGGCGGCGCCUUCUUGGCUCUAGAUGCUUCCCUCUUCUGGUUGAUAUGCCUCAUGCUAGCUGACAAUGCGAGAGACGACUACUUUGAUGAAGAAGAGAACAAUAGAGGUGAAUACGGUCAGGUUCUCACCACAGAUUAUGCUGCAAGGGGACAAGGCAAUGUUGCUUGACAAUGUUUCCAGGGAAAAACACACAAGUGAACGAUUUUCAUAGACUGGUUUGUAUCGUAUUUAUAUGUAUGUAGUUUCAGACAAUCAAGAUGCUUGAAACAUGGUGGAUGAAUCUCUGUACAGAGAGAACUCUGCAGGAGUGACUAUGAUCUCUCCAUUGCUUCUCCUGUCAUCUCAGUUUGCUUAUUUAAGUAACAAAAAGGGAUAGUAGCCAAUCUCUGCUGUGUUUGUACCUUCGGUCUGUGACUCUGGUUGUGCCAAAGAUUGUAAAAUGUUUAUGCUCACCAAAAUGGGCAACAGAA